AGUGAAAAUAUUACCUCAAGAAAGAUGUUCACCAACCAAACUCGCCAUCCACCCUACGGCAACUCCUACGUUUCUUUGACAAUUAAAAUUGUCUUUUAACCUACCUCCUCCUCUCUCUGGUUCUGUCACCGAAGAUAAUCAAACUCUGACCUGUUCUUUUUUGCCUGUAAAAUCCUAGGAAUCUUGGGCUAAAGUGAUUACUAUUCUGAUGGCAAAAGAGGUUAUAACCUCAGAUGAACAGGUUGUUCUUGGUGAGGAAAUUGGCCAUGUGAGAUUGAUCACCUUGAACCAGCCCCGGCGAUUAAAUGUUAUUUCAUCUAAAGUGGUUUCUUUGCUAGCAGAGUACCUGGAAAAAUGGGAAAAAGAUGAUGAUGCAGAGCUCAUACUGAUCAAGGGAGCUGGACGUGCUUUUUCUGCUGGUGGGGAUUUGAAAAUGUUCUAUGAUGGAAGGACGUCGAAGGAUUCAUGUCUUGAAGUGGUUUAUAGAAUGUAUUGGCUUUGUUACCACAUCCAUACAUAUCAGAAAACACAGGUUGCUCUAGUUCAUGGAAUUUCUAUGGGUGGAGGUGCAUCCUUGAUGGUUCCGAUGAAGUUCUCUGUUGUCACUGAAAAGACUGUUUUUGCGACUCCUGAAGCAAGCAUAGGCUUUCAUACUGACUGUGGCUUUUCAUACAUUCUUUCCCGCCUCCCUGGGCAUCUAGGGGAAUACUUGGGCUUAACUGGGGCAAGGCUGAAUGGUAAAGAAUUAGUUGCAGCAGGACUUGCUACUCAUUUUGUCCCUUCUGAGAAAUUACCUGAGCUAGAAAAGCAGUUGAUAAGCUUGAAUAGUGGUGAAGAGAAUGCUGUCAAAUCUGUCAUUGAGGAAUUCUCUGUAGAUAUUCAGAUUGACGAAGGAAGUGUCCUAAACAAGAGGGCAACAAUGGACUUGUGUUUUUCCAAGGAGACUGUGGAGGAUAUCAUAUCAUCACUUGAAGCUGAAGCGACCCAAGAAGGAAAUGAUUGGAUGACUGCAACCCUUCAAGGCCUAAAGAGAUCAUCACCAACAGCGUUAAAGAUAACAUUUCAGUCGAUUCGUGAAGCAAGGAAACAAAUAUUGUCGGAGUGCCUAAAGAAAGAGUUUAGGCUCACAAUGAAUAUUCUUCGGACUGUAAUAUCUGGUGAUGUCUAUGAGGGGAUCAGAGCUUUCACAAUUGAUAAGGAUAACUCUCCCAAAUGGGAUCCCUCUACUCUGGAGAAAGUGGAAGCUGAGAAAUUGAACCUCGUAUUCCAGCCAUUCGAAGAGGAUUGGGAGCUCAAGAUUCCUAUAAGAGAAGAUUCCAGAUGGGAAGGAAAAUAUGAAGAUUCGCCUUAUGCACCUUCAAAGUGAGCCCAGAAUCAUAUAGUUUGUUCUCUGGGCUGAUUAUGUAUUCAAGUUUAUGGUACUGAAAUUCUGCAGGAAUAAGUAGGACUAAUAUGAGUUAAUAAAAUGAUUCCUUUUCCACUGGGGGAAAAAUAUUGAGAAACGUUAUAUGUGUUUGAGGAGACGCAAUUAAGAAGAGUAAUGUUUAUGAAAAUGUAUUUAGAAAGAUUGUGACAUUUCCAAAUUCGAAUAGACACAAAUAAGUCUACAAAUAUUUUUAUUUUC